AACAUGCUGAUAUAUUUAUUACUUUUGUUAUCAAUAUUUAAAAUUGAAGCGCUCCUCCAAAAUGAAGAGGACUGUGAAACUCUUUUUUCAGAAGUUCAUUUAACCAAAGAUGAGUACGACAAUGACGGAGGACUUAUUAGAACCUGCAGUGAUGACGUAUCUGUUACUAAAUGCGAAGGAUAUUGCAAUUCACAAGUCCAACCGAGUGUCAUUUCAUCAACGGGCUUCUCCAAGGAGUGCUACUGCUGUCGUGAGAGCUACCUCAAAGAAAAAGUCGUCAAGCUCAACCAUUGUUACAACCCAGACGGUGAAAAACUAGAAACUGAUAAACUCGCGAGUAUGGAAAUAAAACUCCGGGAGCCAGCUGAUUGCAAAUGUUACAAAUGUACCGAUUUUUUGCCACUUGUAGGUGUUGAUGAAUGUCAGGUAACACCAGUUAUUCAUUUACUCCGAUAUCCAGGAUGUUUGCCGAAACCCAUACCAAGUUUCGCUUGCACUGGACGAUGUAGCAGCUAUUUGCAAGUUUCAGGCUCAAAAAUUUGGCAAAUGGAACGAAGCUGUAUGUGUUGUCAAGAAAGUGGCGAGCGUGAAGCUACGGUAGCCCUCUAUUGUCCGGAAGCUAAACCCGGAGAGCGAACAUUCAGAAAGAUAACGACAAAAGCACCACUAGAAUGUAUGUGUCGUCCAUGUACAGGCGUAGAAGAACAUUCAAUAAUACCACAAGAAAUAGCAGGAUUCGAUGAAGAUAACAUAUUGACUUCUUCAGCCCACUUUUUACGAUCAUCAGAUAUUGAUUAAUAAUCGUCUACAUAAUAUUGAUAACAAUUAAAAUAACAAAAACACAAUAAAGGUUCCAAAUAAAAACUAUAAAGUGGGUAAUAAAAUAAAAGUAAAUAAUAAAAUAAAAUUGUCAGUCUGACAUUAAAUUUUUUAUUUAUCAUUAUUUUUCCUGUUGUCAUAGAAUUAAUAACUCAAUCAUAAUAUACUUAUGAUUAUGACUUAUGAUGAUGGUAAUUAAUAAUGGUGUUGUUAAUGUUUAUUAUUGUAUUUGUUCGGUGAUAUAUGUAUGUAAUUAUGCUCAUAUACAUAUACACAUAGAGCGAGCGUUACGCGACAUGUAAUAAUAGUAGGUAUUAUUUAUUAUUGUAUGCUCGUUAUAUUUAUUACAUUCACACGCAUCACAACUCUUUUUUAUAGAAUUGGCGCAAUACAACGCGACACCGCAUAGCUGCUUAUUUUUUCAUUUUCAUUUUAUUUUUUCGUUUAUUUAAACGAUUUUCAUUCUUAUUAUGUACCCUUCACACUGUUUCCACCUGGCUUGCUCAGUAUACUCAUUUGCGUAAUUUAUAUGCAGUACACUUUAUUAAUCUUCAUUUUUCAUUUAAUUUCUUCAAGUGUCAUUUAAAAAACACUGAGAUUUUUU